AGUUACAAGCAUGCUUUCAUUGGACUUUAUACUGCAGUGUAAGUGCGGCCAGGCAGGUUUCUUCGGCGCACGUUAGACAUGGCUUGCAUGAGCCCAGCAAACCUGUCUGGCCACACAAGAUACCCGUGCAAAAAUAACAUAGUUAUUUAUAAGUAAAGACUCAUAAAAUUUUAUUAAUGGUGAAUAUAUGUGCAAUGAAACGAAAUUUUUUUAAUAGAAAGUACGAGAGAAGAACUUUACAUUUUACGGCUGAGUCUACUUCUUCUGAAGAGGAAAUUACUAAUAGUAGUUCUCAGUCCGACUGUAGCAAUACAGAUGAUAAUGUUAAUGAUGGUAGUUUUACCCAAGAGACAGAAGAAAUUUUAUCUAUAGUAUCUGAGGAAGAAAAUCAAAUUCUAGUAUCUGAGGAAGAAUCGAGUGCUUCCAUGUUUCAGUUCUUUAGUUCUAAUCCAUUUGAAUGUUCUUUAUUGGAUUCAAUUGUUAACAAAAAUUUUAUGUUUUUAACCUUGUUGUAUUUAAUGAUUAGCAAUUCAUUUACUGAAAUCGCAUUUGAUAGAUUUUUGAAGACUUUGCUGAUUUUUCGCUGUAUAAAUGACAUGCCGUCAUCUCAUAAAAUGAUUCGUAGAUUUGUUACUAAAAAUAUAUUCUCCCAUACUGAACCAACGCAUAAAUAUUAUUGUCAUAAUUGCUGCACAGCUUUAGUUGACACAUGUAAAAUAAAUACUCAUUGUUCAUCCCAUAUCUUUAUAUUGGAUAUCAUUAGCCAAAUGAAACUUGUUUUAUUUCUGAAUUUGGAUGCAAUUAAAUCAUAUCAAUUGGAAAUUAUGUCAGGUAAAAGAAAGAGUGAUUUUAUUUCUAGACCAAAUUUUGUUGAAAAUAUGAAGUCUGCAAAUGUUUUACAUAUUCAUUUAUUGAUGUCAACAGAUGGUGGAGAACCAUACACAAAAAAAAAGAUUACAAUGUGGCCAUUUCAUGCUAUUAUUUUAGAUUUACCAUUUUAUAAACGAUUCCUAUUUGAAAAUACACUACUUCUUGGUUUAUGGUUCUCAUUAUUAAAACCUAAUUGGAAUGCUUAUUUAAAGGAGUACAUCAAUGGAAAACUGUUUGAAACACCCCUUGAAAUUAACAAUAUCCAAGUAGUUAUUCAUAUUGUUGGUUUUGUUUUCGAUUUGCCUGCAGUGGCUUCAAUCAUCAAUCAUAAGCAGUAUAAUGGUGAAUUUGGAUGUCACUAUUGCGAACAUCCUGGUAGAACAAUUGAAAGAAAACAUGGUUCCGCUAGAAUUUAUUCACAUUCAGAUACAAGUUAUAAUCUUAAAACAUCUGAAAUGUAUGCCAUAUAUGCUAGAUUAGCCGAAAAAUCAAAAGUAUCUGUAUUUGGAAUUAAAGGCUCAAACAUCUUUAGUGACAUUUCAUUUAUUAAAGUGCCAGAUAUGAUACUUAUUGAUGUGUUACAUUUGUUUUACAAAAAUUGCUCAAAAAAGCUUUUAGUUUGUUUAUUUUCUGUUACCAAUAAACACGAAUCAUUUUUUAUUGGUAGUGCAAAAUUAAAUGCUAUGGAAAUCUUACUUGCUGAUCAAAAAAUGCCACAUAACAUGCCCAAGCCAUUAACUAUUAAAUCAUUCGCACAUUGGAAAGGCCAUGACUUUAAAAACUUUAUUUUAUACUUAGCAGUUCCAUAUUUUUUACCAUAUUUGAAUCCUGACUGCAUGAUGAUGAUUUAUUCUCUAGUAAUUGGUAUGCGUUUGUGUAGCAGUGAAAUAUGUUUAGAUAAGGUGUUGCUUAUUAGUCAGCUGUUUAACUUUUAUCAAAAAUCAUUGUCUGAGUUGCUUCCUUUAUAUAUGAAUACUAUAAAUGUUCAUUUGCUUGGUCAUGUUAGCGAUAUUAUUAAAAUGCAUGGAAGUGUUACAAAUUACUCAAUGUUUUGUUUUGAAGCUCGGCUAAGUAAUUAUAAAAAAAUGAUGAAGGGAACACAUGGUCAUCCACAACAGAUUGUACAAAAAUUUCUUGACUUCAAAACAGCUUCUUGUUUUUUGCAAACAACAGAUCAUCCUAAAAAAGUUGAAGUUUGUUGUUUUUGA